GAUUACAAAAAUUUCUAAUAAAAUUACGCCAUUAAAAUACUCGCAAGAAAAUUUAAAAAACUAGGAGACGAUUUUCUCUUAAAAUUUUUACAAUUAUUAUAACGUGUAUACGUUGUAAUCGUUGCAUUGGGAUGGAAUUAUAUGAAUGUGCUGUUUGUUAUGAAAAAGAAGAUAGAGAUUUUCGUAAAAUAACUUCAAAAUGUAAACAUAAAGCAGUUGUUUGUGUAGAAUGUGUAAAUAAAUGUAUUGAAAAAAUGUGUAUUGAAAAACAUACGGUUCAAAUUACUUGUCCUACAAUAGGAUGUGGUAAAUCAAUGGAAAGAGAUGAUGUCAAGAAUAUUGCAACAAAAGAAAUUUUUAAAAGAUAUGAUUAUCUUUCUUUCAAACUUGCGAUUCAAAAGAUUCCAGAAUUUAGAUGGUGUCAAGCUUCUUGUGGAAGUGGACAAGUCCAUAAAGGAGAUGAUCCAAUUUUUAUUUGUGAAGCUUGUGACGCGAUAUCAUGCUAUAAUUGUAAAGUUAUCUGGCACGAAAAUCUAACUUGCGAAAAAUAUGAAGAGAAGAAAAAUAAUCAAGACUUUGCUACCGAAGCUUAUCUUUCAGCGACAAAGAAAUGCCCUGGUUGUGGUAUGUACAUUGAAAAAAUUGACAAAUGCGAUCAUAUGACUUGUAUAUGUUCAUAUCAAUUUUGUAUUAUAUGUUUACACCGACACCCGAACCAUAAGCUUACUUGUAUUCAUUAUUAAAUUAAAUACAGUAUUUAUGUACGAGUAAAUCACGUAUAUCCGGAUAAUCUCAGAUUUUAACGCCACUAAUUAAGCAAGCUUGUUUAUUUUUAUAUUGAUAAAGUGAAAUUUAAAAUAUAAAAAAUGAAAAAAAUUUUUUCUCGUUACAUUUUCUUUUACUUUAUUAUGUAUAUUAGUGCUGAAACAUAACUUAUUGAUUUUUUAAAUCAUUUUUUCUUUUUUUUUAUUCUUUCAAUUACAUAAUAGG